AUGCAAGUGGUACUGUCCGCACCGGCCGAGAACGAAUCGGGUACCGGAUCGUCAAGUGCGACUCCGACUGUCGUCACCAAUGGCUGCGAGUUUAGCUCAUGCCCUGCGGGAUCACCUCCGGAAGGCUUCAAUGCAUCAGACACUCGCCUGAACUAUGUCAACUCUUUCCCGGUCGAUGCAGUUCGAUUCGGCAUCCAGACGCUCUCACUCGAACUUUUCGGCUCAAAGCCCGACUUCGUGUUCUCCGGCCCCAACGUCGGCAGCAGAAAAGGAAUUGCUCAUCCUCUGGGCACGGCGCUUACUCAAACCUUACUUUCUGGCUCAAACCCUAUCCUGCCUGCCAACAUCACGCUCAACGUCAACUACCCCACCACAGGCUCAAGCUGCACGAGCGCCUCCAGCUUCAAGUGGGUGCUGUCGAGGAUCAACGCCGAUUCCAGCGCUGUGGAUGUCGAAACGUGCGGCACGGACCACCUCCCGACCGAGAGCUCCGUCGUGGCAAAAAGCGGGUGCUUCAUCAGCGUGAGCGUGAUGAAUGCGGUGACGAAGGGGGAUGUGGACGCCACGACGCAGGAGUUUGUGCUCAACAAGCUUGGAAACUUGUUGAGCUGCCUGACCUGA